CCCCUAAUAAUGGUUGCGCUAAUGGCGGUGAGAAAGCUUCCACCAGAACUAGAAGAAGAGAUACUGGUUCGAGUCCCACCUCGAUCUCUCGUUCGCUUCAGAUCCGUUUGCAAAGGAUGGGACACUCUUUUCAACAAUAAGAGAUUCGUCGACAGAAACUUUGCCUGCGGUCGCCCAGAAAUCUUGUUAAAGACGCAUUCCCAUAUUUAUUCGAUAAGCUUCGAUCUCAACAACGACGACCCAUCUAUAAAGAUUAGUGAUUUAUGUUUUGAUUUACGCGGUCCCCGUUAUGAUCUCAAGGGGACCUGCGAUGGUUACUUGUUCUUGCGCAACUCUGAUCAUGGAGCCGUGGUUCGAAACCCGUUAUUUAAUCGGACUGAACGGAUUGACCCGGAUGCUGGGCGUCCACGUAGCAGCAGUCCGAGCAUGGGUUACGAUGGUAGUAGCACCGAAAAGAGUUACAAGAUUAUUGGGAGUUGCAAGUUUCUUGGGACUAUGACUAAGAUGUUUGAUGAAGUUAUUACGAAGUUGGAUGUCUUCAAAUUUGCAACCAAUGCAUGGAACGUUACAUAUGAUACCAGUCAACGUUCUAAUACUUAUCGCGAAACAAUAGUAGAUGAAUGUAAUGGCAGGGUCUCCCUGAAUGGAAAUUUGUACUGGACAGCUUAUAAAGGUCAUCAGUAUUUCAUCCGAAUGCUCGAUUUUUCGGAAGAGGUAGUAAAGACCUUUUGUACUCUACCGUUUAAGGGAACACAUAGUAGUUCACAUACUCGUGGCCUCGCGAUUUACAAGGGAGAUCGGCUUUCUGUGUUACAACAAUGCGCUGGAGGAAGAGAGGUUAAGAUUUGGGUGACAGAGAAGAAAAUUGGCAAUGGGGAGGACGUGGUGUGGAUUAAGUUCAUGACUAUCUCAAUACCUAAUUUCCCCAUGGUUUGCAACAACACUUCUUCAUGUUUCUUCGUCUAUGGAAAGACCUUCGCUGUGUGUUUUCUUGCCAAGAAACCUAAACAAGCUUGGGUCUAUAUUGUGAGGGGAGAUCUGUGCAAAAAGUUUAAGAUAGAUGAAAUGGCAUCUAAGCAGUUUAAAUCCUGUGUCUAUCUUCCUAGUUUGAUCCCCAUGAAUUUCUCUGAAGGUACUGAACCAAGAAGAAAUGUUUUACAAGUUUGA